UGUCUGCAAAAUCGAUCAAUUCCUAAUCAUUUAGUUCCAAUAUGUAUCAAACAAACCGACGAUUUAUUUUUUUAUUUUUUUUGGACUUUAAAUCCCAUUUCCCUCACCCAACUCACUUUCACUCUGUUUUUCCCAUCCCCAAAAGUAAAAGUUUCAUUGGAAACCUCAUAGAGAGGGUUUGAGGGUCUUCUUUUCUAGCCUUUCGGUGCUUAAAUUCAACCACUUUAAUUUCCUUCUCUUUAUCUUUCUCCUUUUGUUCUGAUAACUCGGGGGAAAAGGCAAUAUAACGACCUCUGCAAUCUGCAGAAUUGUUCUGAUAUCCUCCAAUGCUGCUACAAUCUCUCAGAAAUGCUCAAAGCACAGACAAAAAUGGAAAAGCCAAAGCUGCUGCUGCUGCUUCUGGCUUCUGGCUUCUGACUUCUGAUUCCCAUAAUUCAAAUUCCUGCCGACUUUUCGCUUCUUUUGACUCCGAAUCUGCCGACAUUCAAUGCCACUCUGGGCUCUCUGCUGGAUUUUAAAGCCUUGUUUCAGGCACUUCUCUUCGAAUUCGAAACACUUCGUUAGUUGGUUUUGGAGCAACCAUGGCCAUUGAGGUCUGCUCGGAGAUUUGGAGCCCCGGAUUCAGUCCAAGAAUUUCAUUUUCCCAUGAUCUGGACAAGACGAAUCAUGCUCCGAAACAAGGGCAACGGUUAGACUCCUCUCUCUUGGAUUCCACUGCCGAUUUCGACUUCUGCGUUGUAAACAAUCUCAAGCUGGAGUUGUCUUCGGCGGACGAGCUUUUCUCCAAUGGGAAGAUUCUCCCUGUCCAAAUCAAGAGAAAUCUCGCCGCCGCCAAAGAAACUCACCAGCCUGAAGAGAAAACAGUUACUCGUCAGGCUGAUGAUGAGAGGGCAGCUCCUCCUACCCUUGCUCAUCGCGCAACACCUAUAAAAGCAGAGAGGCUAAAGACAGAUGAGAAGAAGAAGAGGUUGAAAGAAUUUUUAGACGCCAAUGCCGAUGCAGAUGAAACCGACAAGCCUCCAACAGCAAAGCCAUUCUGGCAGUUCCGGCGGAGCAGCAGUCUCAACUGCGACGCUGCUCGCGGCAAGAGCCUAAUCCGGCCGCUUCAGUUUCUUUCGAGAAGCAACUCAACGGGGUCGGCUCCAAAACCAAAUCAAAAGCAAGCAUUGCCUCCAAAGGAAACAACAACAACAACAACAGCAACUCAUCAGAAGCAGCAGCAGCAUUUGCAGAAACAGACAUCGGUUUCGAGCAGAAGAUCAUCGUCUGCGUCGAGUUCGAGUACAUAUUAUCCUUACAACAACAUGAAUCAGAAGCCGGCGUUGAGAAAGAGUGAAUCUCACGGCAAUGGGGUCAGAAUCAGCCCUGUUCUGAAUCUCCCACCGCCUUACAUUUCCAAAGUUACUGUGAAUUUUUUCGGGUUCGGUUCUCUCUUCUGUAACGGUAGAUUUAGAAAGAAGAAGAAAUGACUGUGUUAAAUCUUCCAAGUACAGAUGAAAUUAGCUGUCUGCAAUCUUGUAUUAUUAGGUACCAUGUGAUAAUAUUCAUACUCUGUAAAUUGAAGAAUUUUUUUAUGGUGAUGGGUAAAUUUCA